AAGGAAAAAGGCAAUUCCUUUCUACAUUCCUAUUCUCAAUGGCCUUAAUCGAUCUCUCUUUCUCUCCUUCUCUUCUCUGUUCUUCCGUUGUUUUCUUCUUCAUCAAACCCUUUCCACGCACAUUUCCAUGUCUUCUCUCUUCCUCUAUAGAGAGACAGACAAUCAAACCGCACACAACACACACACAUAACACAAACACACAGCUUUCACAAUUUUAGGAUACCAGAAUCCCUACGCAAACAUAAACCAUGUUGCAGAGAGCUGCAAGCAAUGCUUAUUCGUGGUGGUGGGCAAGCCACAUCAGGACCAAACAGUCCAAAUGGAUGGAGCAGAAUCUUCUAGAUAUGGAGGAAAAGGUCCAACACGCAUUGAAGUUGAUAGAAGAAGAUGGAGAUUCAUUUGCGCGGAGGGCCGAAAUGUAUUAUAAAAAGAGGCCAGAGCUGAUAUACUUCGUGGAGGAAUCUUACAGAGCUUACAGAGCUUUGGCUGAACGCUAUGAUCACAUUUCAACUGAGCUGCAGAAUGCGAACAACACGAUUGCUUCGGUUUUCCCGGAGCAAGUUGAGUUCGCGAUGGAUGAGGAAGAUGAAGAAUCCAUGCCUAAAUUCUCCAAGAAGUCACCUCACAUGAACAGAAGAAACAUCCCAAAAGUUCCCAAGGCCCCCGCUGAUUUGAAGUCUGUCAUUACGACAGCGACGAAGAAGUUGAAGCCCAAAAGGAUCUCAAAUUUUGCAGCUGCAGCUUCGGCAGUUGCUAAAUCCGGGUUGGAGAAACGACAGGCAUUGGAUGAGAUUGACAAGCUGCAGAAACAUAUCUUGUCAUUACAAACAGAGAAGGAGUUCUUGAAGAGCUCUUACGAAAGCCAGCUUGGGAGGUAUUGGGAGAUCGAGAAUCAGAUCAAGGAGAUGCAAGACAGAGUUUUCAGCUUGCAAGAUGAGUUCGGAGAGGGAAUCGUUAUUGAAGACGACGAGGCUCGUAAUUUGAUGGCAAACACUGCUUUGAAAUCCUGCCAAGAAACAUUGAUUCAGUUGGAGGAUAAACAGGAGAGAUCAGCUGAGGAAGCAAGAACAGAGUCUGAAAGGAUUAAUGAAGCAAGAAAGAGAUUAGAUUCUAUCAAAGCUGAGCUUCAUGGUGACAGACCCAAUGAGGAGAAGCAAAAACCAGUAGUUCCUGAAGAGGUUAACAUUCGUAUGGAAGAGAAACAGAAAGCAGAGGAAUUACGCGAAAAAAUCAAGCAGCAGUUGGAGGGCAGUACGUGUCUUACCAUGACAGAUUUGGCUGAAAACAUUGAUGAGCUUGUAACCAAGGUGAUCAGCUUAGAAACCGCCUUCUCUUCUCAGACUGCUCUUAUCAAACAGUUAAGAUCAGAAACCAACAACCUGCAAACACAGGUACGAACUCUGGAAGAUGGGAAGACAUCCAUAAUUGAUGGAAACAACGUUCUACAACAGAAGCUAAAGGAUACGGAGACGAAACUGAGUGCGCUUCAGAAUCUGAACCAGAAACUUGAGAAUGAGAAAACCCAUUUCCAAUCCCAAAUAAUUGAGGCACAUUGUAAUCUUGAUCAUCUUUCUGGUAAACUUCCGAGCAUACAGCAAGAUGAGGAUUCCAAGCCAGGAUCUUCCGUAAACAUGGUGCAGCUUGAACAACCAGAGAAGUUGAAAGCUGAUGAAGAGCCAAAGCCAAAAUCUUUAGUAAGCAUGGUGCAGGUCCAACAAGAAGAGGAAGUUGCUGGUGUAAAGUUAGGUUCAAGUGGAGCAGAUACAGAGCUCAAACAGCCCAAUGAGGGUUCUGAUAAUCCAAAACAAAUGGGAUCAGUUGAAGAGUGUCAGGUAACAGCUUCGAGGAGAAAUGAGGAACCAAUCAAUGAAAUGAUAGCAUCCCCUAAAGAAUUGGAAUCACAGAAUUUGGAAGGUAAAUCUGAGGAAGCUGAUGCAAGUAGCAUGAACAGCAAUGAAAAUGACAUUUGUCCAGUCCGGAUGGAUUCUCGAAAUUUGCGAAGAAGUUCUAAGAAACUUGGUGUUAGUAAUGCUUCUAGAAGUCUAAGAGUUGUUGAUAUUAGGGAUGCAGAUGCUGCUGCUGUCAAAAGUGGGGAAGCAAUUGCUCAAACCUUGUCAGUGAAUGCUGCAGACAAUCCCAAGAAAAAUGAGGCUGAUGGGUCUGCUACAAAUCUUGUAGAAGUUGUUGAAACCAAGGCUAAUUCACAGCAUACAGCAGGUGGUCAUGAGGAAGCUAGAGUGAAUACCACUGAUAGAAGUCAAGUAGAAGAAGUUCAAAUCCAGGACCAAUCACAGAGUUCAAAAGGUAGCUAUGAGGACUCCAAUGCAGAUGCUGCUGUCAAAAGUGAGAAAGCAAUUGCUCAAACCUUGUCUGGUUCUGGUUCUGCUAGAAAUCUUGUGGAAGUUGUUCAAACCCAGGCUAAUUCAGAAGGUGAUCGAGAGGAAGCUAGAGUGAAUACCACUUCUAGAGGUCAAGUAGAAGAAGUCCAAAUCCAGGACGAAUCAAAGAGUUCAAAAGGUAGUUAUGAUGAAUCCGAUGCAAGCAACACAGCCAAAGGUCCGGAAGGAAUUGUUGUCGACUUGUCGGUUGGCAAUCCCGAGAAGAACGAGGAUAAUGGUUCCCCUGGAAAUGGAAGAGAAGUUAAAGUAGAGAAUAAGAAGAAGAAGAUGAUGAUGAAGAAGAUAAUGAAGAGGAAUUGUUCAGAGGCAAUUAAUAUAGAAAAAGACGAAGAAUUGCAAGUAGUGAAUGAAGUAGAUGAACCAAAUUGGCAGCAGUUGUUCUUGAGUGGAAUACAAGACAGGGAAAAAGCUCUCCUGACAGAGUACACUAUAACUCUUCGAAAUUUCAAAGACGCAAAGAAGAAGCUAAUCGAAAUGGAUGAAAAGGAUCGUGAUCAUCUUCAAACAUUAAAGCAGCUAAAUGAAUUAAAAACUGUAAACGCGUUGAAGGAUCAAGAAAUCAGAUCAUUGCACCAUAAAUUGGAUCUGAUGCAGAAAUGUUUCAAUGAAAACAGGGAAUCAAUGGAUUUAAGCGAGCAGAAAAUUGGGACAGACGACCAGGAAACCAAUAAAACAACGAACGGAAAAGCAGGUCGGAGAAAAAGACUGACACGUCAAGAUGUAUCGGAUGACAAUUUGGGAUUUGACAUCAGUAAGUUUCUAGUACAACAACCAGAGACGACAACAACAUCAGAGAUCGAAGAAAGACUCCGGAUGAGAAUUGAUGAACUUCUGGAGGAAAAUUUAGACUUCUGGUUGAAGUUCAGCGCUACAUUCCAUCAUAUACAGCAGUUCGAAACUGGGAUUCAGGAUCUAAAAACGGAAGUGACAAAGCUUCAAGAAAAAGGGAAGAAACAGGAUGUGAGUGGGAGUGGGAACUUCUCGUUGAGAUCAGAAGCGCGGCCAUUGUACAAACACUUGAGGGAGAUACAGAAUGAACUCAACGUCUGGUCGGAUAAAAGUGGGGAAUUGAAAGAGGAGCUGGAGGACAGAUUUACAUCACUGUGCAACAUUCAAGAGGAAAUAACAGCGGGAUUGAAGGCAAGCGCGGAGGAUGAUGAUUUCUCAUUCACCAGCUACCAAGCUGCCAAGUUUCAAGGGGAGGUUUUGAACAUGAAACAAGAGAAUAAUAAAGUGGCGGAUGAAUUGCAAGCAGCUUUAGAUCACAUAGGAUCACUUCAAUAUGAGGUAGAGACAAAUCUGGCAAAGUUGAACGAGGAGUUCAGACUUUCAGGGUCAAGGCAGGAAACUCCUUCACAGCUGACACACUCAGAAAGCAGAAACAGAGUUCCUUUACGUUCGUUCAUCUUCGGCGUCAAACCAAAGAAGCAAUCCAUCUUCUCCGGUAUGGCACCUGUUAUGCAAAAGAAGUAUUAUGCUUUGAAAGCAGGCAAUCUGUAAAUUCUUUGUUUUUGCAACCCACUUUCCACAUCUUUUGUUUCUUUUGGUCUUCUGCAAUUUUUGGCAGAAGUGAGAUUUUCCUAGACUCGUGUUGUUGUGUAAGCUUGUUUUUUAAGUUCAUCUGGAAGAAUACACAUCCCUUAAAUUCUCUGUUCA